AUGCGGCUGCUGGCCUUCCUGGCGCCAGUGGCAGCGCUGCUGUUGGAUGGGUCUUCAAAGGCGAGGCCUGUCAGCAAAGUUGUGCAACUGCUUCAGAGCAUGAAGGUGCAGCUGGAGACUGAAGCAGCCGAGGAGGCAGAGCUGAUGGAGAAGCACACCUGUUGGUGCAAGGAGAAUGGGGAAGCCAAGGAGAAGGCGAUUCUCGAGGCGCAGGCCCACAUCGAGGCUCGCUGCCAGGCGCACCCAGAACGCUGCCGACCCCUCUGCGCCAGGAAUGGGAGGGCCGCAUCACCGAGCUCGAAGCGAUUAGUUCACGCCUGGAAACGGAAAUUUCGACCCUGCAAGAAGAGGUCGACAAGAACCAGGCUUCCUUUGAUGAAUCGGUUGGGCUUCGCAAGAAAGAAGUGA